CAAGAUGGCGGCCUUUAUAGUUCUGGUCAGCUGCUAAGUCCAUUCCAAGAUGGCGGCCCGCGGAAGCCGGGUGCUGCUCGGCGGCGUCCGGCUAUAUAACGCCAAGCCGCUGAAGCUACAACUGAGGGGAGUGUACCGGCUGGACUCUGCCAAUCCGCGUACUCCAGCCUGGCAGCUGACGGCCGUCUACGAGGCCAAGCGGUUCGGGCGCCACGGGGAGGCCUCCGGGGUCGACCCGGCCCAGUUGUGGCCGACGCCGGAGAAGUUGCAGGAGAUGGAAGCUGAGGAAAGAGCCUGGUACCCCUCCCUGAAGGAGAUGCAGCAGUCGCUCGAGGCCAAGGAGCGCGAGGCCGAAGCCAAGCAGCGGCAGAGAGAGGAGAUCAUUGCUGCCAAAAUGGCCAAAAUGCCACAGAUGAUUGAAGACUGGCAGAGGGAAAAACAGCAGCGCAAGCUCAAAGAGCAUCAAGAAAAAGAACGGCGGCGAUUGUUACUGGCUGAGGCCCGGGAGCAAUUUGGCUAUCACCUGGAUCAUCACAGUCCUGAAUUUCAAGAGAUGGUAAUGGAAAGGGAGAAGAUUAGACGGAUGGAGCAGAAGGAGGAGAGAAAACGUAUGAGGGGGGCUCUGGCCAAAAAAGCAAUGGAAAGCAAGACUGUUGCCUCCUCUCUAGAUGACGAGAAGGAAAUGGGUGAGGAAAGGGACACCUAAAAUACUCCAUUACCGGUCUUUGAAAUAAGUCUGCCUACAGGCUGUGACGUGUAAUAUAAUUCCCAGAGGCCCGGAACAUUUACUGCAAUUCUCAUGAUGCAUUAAGGCCAGUUUAGAAUUCUUAUGUAAAUGUGGAAUCCUUCACUGUACAGAACAGUCUGGUGUCCUUCCCCUGCCCAGCCAUGACCAUAUGGAGCACUGACAGUGGGUUUUUGAACAGCAAACACCUUCUCUAAUUCCUUUUCUCUCUCAGAACAGCAAGCUCUGUUUCCACCAUCUAAUUGACUGCAAUGUUCAGUUCGUCAAAUAAAUAUACCUGGAAUUUUGAGUUAAAAAAAUUAUUUUACUUUUAACCAAAUGGUGAGAUAUGGUUAAAUAUAUUUGUGAGACAUCUAUAAAAGAAAAGUUGGAGACUGUGUCCCAGAUAAUUUAUUAUCUAGAAUUUUUGCUAGACCUUGUUUGGUACGUUUCUUAACCGUAGCAUUACUAAAUUUAACUUGAAAAAUUGUCAUCAGUAAUGGCUUCAAAGGAAGAAGGUCCUUGACAUUAUUCCUUCAGCGUUUUAUUAAAGGUAGAGAAAUGUAAA